AUGAAGGUGCUCAACUGGUUGGUACUCUUGAUGCAAAGCUGGUGCAAAAAACUUUAUAAUCGUGGCUUGGCUUAUUUGGAGGUGCCAGUUAACGAUGACGAUUACAUUUAUGUACCAACUUUGGAUGGUUUUGUUAUGAAUAGAGUUUUGGGCGAUUAUUUUGAAAAUUUGCUAUAUCAGAUAUUUGUGGCCAUCGAUGAGCAAACAACUGUACGGGAGCUGUCGGAAACUCUAAAUAUCGAUUUGCAACUAGUAAAAAAUGCAAUUUCCGUCUUUUGCCGUCUUGGCUUCGCGAAGAAGCGUAUCACUGGGUUAGAAAAUCUUGCGUUGCACGUAACAUGGGCAAGUCAUAUGAUCAUUCCAGAAAUGGACGAAGAUUCGACUACAGCAAUCACAACGGAUCUCUCAGACUUUUCCACUACAUUGGUUUCUCCAAGCGGUGCCGAUGAAGAUGACGAAAAUGAAUCCAAUACAGAUGGAUUAAUCAUGAACCACGAUGUCCUUACAGCAUCGUUCACGAGUCUGAAAAAUCAUGCGGUAACAUUAUUUGAAGUGGGGAAAUUGAAUGAUGAGUCACUGGAUAGUUUUGUGGAAGAGUUGCAAAAUGUGAAACUAUUCAUGGAAGGUGAAGCACAGAGAUAUUCAGAACAUGCUCAAACGUUGUUAUUGACGAUCCUUGCAUUGAGAAACAGUUCUGAAUUGGAUUUAAUUAGGGGCGAAAGUUUGUUAUCGUUGGACCACCCCACACGUCUUCGCCUCAUCAACAAAACAUAUAGAUGUUUGGUUUCAAUGGCUCCAUUAAACGGGGAAGCAUGUCCGUUGUCGGUGACAUCUAUCCCUCAUUUCGGGACCGUUAUUCCAGAAGUGGUUUCAUCAUGGUUUCGGUUAUUUUUGUAUUUCACCUUAGGUGAUGGACCAGUUUCGCUGUAUAUUCCUAAAGGCUCACGUAUCCCAGUCAUUCCUUGUGCUCUACGGCGAUGCAAGCACUUGCUGAUCACUAGCGCUUCACAUGAACCUGUUAUUAUUCCAGCGGAUAACUGUUUAAUUCAGUUGAAUGAUAUGCUUCAAACGCAUGCAGUGUUUGUGCAAGAAUACAGCGCUGUGAUUGAUGACUCAGAGAUUGUAAGUGUCCCAUUUCCAUUUAGUGAAUCCAGAUCAACAGAUGGUCACUUUUCAUCGCAUCCUUCUGUGCUGAAACUUCGAAAAAAAUUGGGACUAAAUUCACUGUGUGGUUAUUUGACAUUGUUGUGCAGAAAGAAAACUACUGACUGGGAAGAACAGUCGGAGAAGAAAAGAAAAGGUAGUAGUAUGACGGUCAGCAAAGAUCCAAGGAAAAUUGCGAACCUGCGAGUUCAUUUGCGAGAUGACGAAAAAUAUGCGGAUUACACAUUGCUCGAUUGUGUUUUUGGCGUGCCAUUAUUCCAUGAACAAUUGAACAGGGUCAUUUGCCAAAGAAUUAAGGACUGCGAGCUUCUCGACCCAAAAAAUUCAAACAUGGUAGAAUUUGCGAACCGCGAUCUAGUACAGUCGUUGCGAGAACUGAUUAACAAAUAUCAAACUUCGGAAGAAGAGCCGGCAUCUGUUUGGGAAAUAUCACGUUGGUCUCCACCAUCUCAAACACUUCUUUUCCAAAAUGGAGAGAUAAGCGUAGUGGAUGAUUUACAAAUUUGGUAA